GUGAUGCCAGUAGGACCAGGACAGACCGGCCCGGGCUGCGCCGUCACUCUCCACCGCCACCUCCAACGCCGCGUUGACCACUACCUCAACCAGAGCUGCUGAUGUAUUUAAAACCACUUUCUGCCCUCAUUAGGGCACGGGCGGACUUGAAACGGCUACCCUUAAACCGGAGACCGCGGUCCACCCUCACCUCCGCCACCUCCGCGUCGGAGCGGGACGAGCCCGUCGGAAGCGGCGCGUCGCGUCCCGGCCGCGGCGGGAGAGGAAGGACGGACACACCCGCAGCCGCAGCGGCUACUCAUGGCAUCUCCGUGGACUUUGACCACCCCCGGGAGGCGUACAAGAGCAAAGACUCGUUAGAGCUGCUCAGAAGUUUGGUGGUUUUCAAACUUUGCUCCUAUGACUUCCUGGUUGAGAAGAACAAGGAGAUAAUGGACCUAGGUAAGAAGAUCUUGGGGCAGAGAGCAUUCGACCAGCUCAUGAAGAUGACAUUUUAUGGCCAAUUUGUGGCUGGCGAGGACCACAAAUCCAUCGGGCCACUCAUACAGAAGAACCAGGCCUUCGGCGUCGGCUCUGUCCUGGACUACAGCGUGGAGGAAGACAUCAGCCAGGAGGAAGCAGAGCAGAAACAGAUGGACUCGCGUGGAUCCGCCGCGGGGACACAGAGCAUAGGCGACGAGGACCACGGAGAGACACAAAAAUACAAAGCGCGCACAAAACAGUUCAGCGAGCGUCGGGGGGGAGUCAGCGCAGCACGCCCGUAUUUCUACGCCGAUGAGGCCAAAUGUGACCGGCACAUGGAGACUUUUAUCAAGUGCAUCAAAGCAUCUGGUGGGAAUUCAAUGGAUGGUUUUUCUGCCAUUAAAAUGACAGCACUGGGACGGCCUCAGUUUCUGCUCCAGUUCUCAGAGGCUCUGGUGAAAUGGCGGCGAUUUUUCACGUUCCUGGCGACGCGACAGGGGAAGGACGGCGAGGAGGCCUUAGAGCAGAGGCUGGAGCUGACGCAAAUGCAGGACUUUUUGACCGAACUCGGGGCGAAAGGUGACUUCUCCGCCUGGUUUACUGAAAGGAAAGAGGCGUCUACAGGGUGCAUUGACAUGUUGGACUGGAACAGCCUCAUAGACGAGAGAACGAAGACAUCGGAUCUGCUCGUUGUCCCAAAUGUGGAGCUCGGUGAGCUGGAGCCGCUGCUGGAGAAGUUCACCGUGGAGGAGGAGAAACAAAUGGAGAGAAUGCUACAGCGCAUGGACGUGCUGGCGCAGCACGCCCUGGAGAACGGCGUCCGGCUGAUGGUGGACGCGGAGCAGACCUACUUCCAGCCCGCUAUCAGCAGACUGACGCUGGAGAUGCAGAGGAUCCACAACAGAGAAAAACCUGUCAUUUUCAACACGUACCAGUGUUACCUAAAGGAAGCUUAUGAUAAUGUGACUAUGGACGUGGAACUGUCUCGACGUGAGGGUUGGCAUUUCGCUGCCAAGCUUGUGCGAGGGGCCUACAUGUAUCAGGAACGAGAGAGGGCCAACGAGUUUGGGUAUGAGGACCCCAUUAACCCGGACUAUGAGGCAACCAACAGGAUGUACCACAGGUGCUUGGAUUAUGUUCUGGAUGAGAUCGCGCUGAACAGAAACGCCAACGUGAUGGUGGCUUCGCAUAACGAGGACACGGUGAAACACACCCUGAAGAGAAUGAAUGAGCUCGGUCUCCGACCCACAGAGAACAAGGUCUACUUCGGUCAGCUGCUGGGCAUGUGCGAUCAAAUCAGCUUCCCACUGGGCCAGGCCGGCUUCCCUGUCUAUAAGUACGUCCCCUACGGGCCGGUGGACGAGGUGAUGCCCUACCUGUCACGGCGGGCCCAGGAGAACCGAGGCUUCAUGAAGGGCGCCCAGAAGGAGAGGGAGCUGCUGUGGAAGGAGCUGAGACGCAGAGCGGCCUCCGGGGAGCUCCUCUACCGGCCAGUGUACUGAAAAAACACAGGAAGAAGAAGAGACGGGAGGAGAGGGUGUUUUCAUUUUAUUUCUUAGCUGCCCUUGUUGACAGCUCUCCCGUCCUGGAGUUUUCCUGAUGACAGACUGCUUCUGCAUGUCACUUUUGUGUGUGUGUCUGUGUGUGUGUUUGUUUUUUGGCUUCCCACUGUUUUUUUUUCCUCUAUCCUGUUCCACGCUGAUGGUUACCGGCGUUCACAACGACCGUCUCCCUGUCUCCUUCCACACCCGUCUCUGCAUCCAGAAGCAUUCCUCAUCUCGUCUUCCCUGUGUCCAUAGCAUCCAUCAAAGAGAGGGCGUCUUUACUGCUCUUAAAGGACUCUCUAAAACUGGACUGGGCCAGGCAUCUUUUAUUUUUAUUUUAUGACUCUGUUUAUCUUGUAGAGGAGGGGAAAAAAAGGGUUUAUUUAAAAGGUAGCAAAGGCGACGUAUUGUAUGUUUAUGUGCGAGGCUGCGUUGCCACUUUCGAAAACAAUGCAAAGUGUAAAUUUCACGUCGCAGCCGAUCACUCUCCUUGUAAAGAGCGCGAGGGCAUUUGUUUGCGCGCGUGUUUACUCGGGGCGGCUAUAUUCUAGGUCAGUGAAGUGAAAACGCGGUGUUCAGUACUCAGGGAGCGAAUCUCUUUUUAAUAGAGCAGCCUGCGAGCCUGGCAGGUUGUUUUUACUUUGGUGAUACAUAAUUUGCGCGGGUGUAAUAAGGUAGAGGGGGUUGUAUGUGUGAUGGAUUAAUCUUUGUUUGGGAUGGAUUAAUCCAUUAUUGUGUUUUUUUUCCUGUGUUUGUUCAGACCUGUAAAACUGUUGAAUAAAAUGGUAGAUAUAGUAAAAUCA